AUGUACGAUGAGGAGCAGUGGCUGUGUUUACAUAGCCUGGUACCACCCGGCCUGGUCAAUCUCUCAGAACUUUUAAACGCCCUACAACGGGCCAUCAACAAAGAACUGGAGAAAAAGAGUCGACUCGCUCCGUACUUUGAGGCUCACUUUGAAUUCCAGUCGCCGUACCAAUCGCCAUCUCCUUCACCUGAACCUAACUCACCUCGCACGAGAUUCACUAAUCCAGACCGAGUAGCUUCACCAAACUGGAGAAAAAAGAAGAAAAACAGUUCUCUACUUGGAGAAAAUCAGGCCGUCGGUCUGACUCGACGUCGGCAGCCGCACUACUCAAAACAAGACUCCCUGAUCUCGGACGAGAAUCCAGGCAAACCAUCUGGAUCAAUUUCAUCCCAAAGAAACUUCCUCGCAGACAAACAUAAUGUUGACUUGGCUGGUUACAAAAAAGGCGGAUAA